GAACUAUAGAUCCUAAUUCUAGAUUAGAUGUGUCUAAGGUCUGAUCCCACCUAAUUCCAAAAGCCUCAUACCACCUUUACUACCACUGAUCACUGUCUACGAACUCUCUAGGAACUCGCAAUCUGUUUUCCACCUUUUAUUCGACGACAUUUUCUGUUUUACUUUGAUGUUUAAUCCACUUCAAACUUUUUAUUCCACGUGCUAAUGGGGCAAUGAGAAUUCCGGAGCAUUUUAGUAGUCAGAGCGUUCUUGAGAUGAUUCCAAAAGCUGUUUCCACGAUGAUCGAGUCCGAACACCCGGAUUUAAAUAUACCAAGGUCUGUUAACUCGGUAGCAUUCAAACUUCCAAAACUGUUUCCACUAUAGUCGAGUGUAAGUUAUCAGAACAGACCCGGAUUUAAAUCUACCUAUUGUCUGUUAACUCAGCACCUCCUACAAAUUGUUUGGGCAGUGUAUUCUACCUCUACAACCACAAUAAUUCGCAAAGAUCCAUACGAAGCUCUCGAGUUUUGUUAAAUGCUCGACUGCCUUUGAUAGUUCUGCAUAGUUCCAAUAGCGAAUGGAUCUCGAGAUAACUCCUAAACAUAUUUCUCCAAAAGCAAAAUCACUUAAAGUGUCUCAAAUGAACUCUUCGAAAUAUGAGGCAAAUAUAUUCCAAAAUGCGUAGGAAAAUAUGUAAAUAAUAUGCCUUAUAUCUGGUCCACACAAGAUAUAUGAACUCAAAUAUUCUGACUACUGACUUUCCCUCUGCAUGAAACCUAUUAAAUAACCGUGACCUCAGUUUAAUAGAAGGUCAAACAAUUAACAACAAAUCCACCACAACCAACUACAGGCCACACAGAGUACUCAUAUUACGAGUUCUAGAGUUUAUAUGUUAUGUCUUCCAUAAAAAAAGAAUAAUAAAAAAUGUAUAAUUUUAUUACCAUUGUCGUCACACAUGCGACAUGCACUGUAAACAAGUGUCGUGCCAUUACCGUCAUGGCGCACAAAUACACAUGUAGAUAGUCUUACGAGCAUUCUCAAGCCCCAAACAGCAACAAAUCAUUCUCUGCUACUCGGAGGUAAUUACACAAACGAACGAUCGGUGCGCCUCUCAGCCCAUAAUUUGGCCCAACAUCAGCGGUUCUCGUAAAUAUGCAGCGCUCUCUUGCGAACUGUUUACCUGUGCGAACGGUUCACUUCGGUACACAAUUCUCUCGCCCAACUGUCUGCGCUGUUAGCGCGCGCACAUUCUUCGUGGCAUUCCUCGUGCACAACUAAUCGGAAAAAUAUUCAAAAUAUUUCUGUCGUUAACAGUACCGCGUACUAACAGAGCGCGUUCGUGCUCGCGAUCGCUCCCUUUAAUACGCGCUCUUCAACGCGAUAUCUCUCUGUUAUGACGCUCUCGCAUAUUCUACAUUCCAAGCAUUGAUGUGGGGAGCACAACAGCUGGUGGCUGGCCACAGCAGUUUGGUGUAUGACGAAUCCGCUAUGCACUUCAGCAGCGCCGCGCCACUCAUUCAUCGGCUAUGGCGAGUAUCUCAAGAACGCAAGUCUCCGCUAUAAGUCUACAGCGAUACUCGCAUAUGUAAAUAAAAAUGAAAAAUACAUCACUUGCUCGUGCACUGUUUGUGUAUGAGGAAGAGCAUAGAAACCCGUUCGGCCACUCCUUCACACCGCGACACCUGCGCGCGCUCAGCCCGCGCCGCGUUAUAGUGUUGUCUAAGUGCGCGCGCGUUUGAGCAACGUUAAGCGGUGGGCCGCAAACCGCACCGCGCCGCCACACUUCGCCUUGCGUUGCGCUUUACCCGUAUGUUUGCAUUUUCUUCUGCUCUUUACUUUUCUUAUUCUUGCUUGGCUACAGCUACCCCACUUGUUUGACUGCUUCCCGCGCGCGCACUUGCCAGCCAACCGCUCGGCGGCGCGUUCUCCACAUUACUUUGUGGAGCUAUUUCGUGUGAUGCUUGCUUCUUGUCAUUCGUCGCUCACGCUUGACUCUUUGCGCUGUUUGUGCUUUUGUAUGUGUGUGUGUAUCGUUGGAGCUGCUGGCCCUGUCUGGCUGACUGGCUCACUGUUUAGCUGGCUGGUUCGCGUAUGCUUUUGGGCCCUAAUCACCGCCGCUCGCUGAGCGUUGAUUUCAGUCUGUGAGUUUCUCUCGAUUCUGCGCGUUGCGUACUCGGUUCGGUUCGUUACCCAUUUUUUUUCGCUCGCUUGCGCUUUGCAGAGUUGAUGAUUUGAUUUUUUGUUUGACUACACAAAGUGCUCGGUGUAUACGAUUUUCAGUGAAUUCAGUGAUUCUUCCGCCUUGCAAAUUGUAGCGUUUUCGAUUUUCGGUAUAUACACGUAUGUAGACCGAAUUGGGACGGACGUUUCGUGGUUCUUAAUUCUCCGUUUGCCAUAAUUGAAAGGGAAAAGAAACGUGGAAAUCGCUGCAAAGUGUACGCGCUGCAAAAUAUACAUACAUAUAAGAAAGCAAAAUUAAAAGAAAGAAGCAAAGAAAAAUUGAUCGACAAUCCCACAGUGCUUUUCCCCCAUACAUUUGUCGCCGCAUUUGCAACGCUCGUAAAAGGGAAAUUGUCGUCAGUUCGUGCUGCUUCGAAGUUUACAGCAAAAUAAAAAUUUCACUUUCUGAAAUCAUUAAAAAAAUAAAAAAAAAAUAUUUAAUUAAAAUAAUUUUAAUAACCAAAAAGAGUGUUGCCAUAUUCAAAAACUAAAUAACAAUUCGUAAAUCUCUCCAAACGUGCCAAGUGUUAAAAAAGUGAUUAAAGCAAAUACAAAAAAAUCAGUAAUUCGAAAAAUUAUCAUUACAUAACUGAAAAGCGAAAAAAUAACAAAAAUUUUAAAACAAAAAAGUGAAUAUAUUAAAAAAAGUUAUAAAAAUAAAAUUAAUACACAAAUCAGCAACAAAUAUCAUCGCUCAAAAAGUAAAAGUAAGAGGGCUGCUGCAAAACGAAACGAAAUUGCAGCAAAAAUAACAAAAACAAAACAUAAGGAAAACAAAAAAUCGUUCCCCGCACCACCUUUCUACCUGUUGUUCGCAUUGCAAUUCGUUGCUGCGCGCGCUUGUGUGUGUGUGUGUGUUGGUUUUUCUCCUGCUCAACGCGUCAUAUAAACUGGCUGCAUGAAAAACAUAACCAGCUCCAGCACUUGCGGCAGUGGUCUGCUGCAGUUGCAAAACAAUCUCAGCAACUCGGCGACCAACACAUCGACCAUUGUCGGCGGCAGCGUUAUCGACGACGCAGACGCCAUCCUGCACGAAUCAAAACAAAAAGACGGUAUAGUCGGUCCCGGCACCAUUACGUCGCCGUGGCCACCGAUGGGUGCCGGCCCGCCGGGUGCGCUAGGGCCGGCAGACACAAAUGGCAGUAUGGUGGAUAGUAAAAAUUUGGAUGUCGGCGAUAUGAGCGACGACGAAAAGGAUCUCUCCUCUGCCGAUGCUGAAGGUGUUUGGAGUCCGGACAUCGAACAGAGUUUUCAAGAGGCACUCUCCAUAUAUCCGCCAUGUGGUCGACGAAAAAUCAUUCUAUCCGAUGAGGGUAAAAUGUAUGGCCGAAAUGAACUCAUCGCUCGUUAUAUCAAACUGCGCACCGGCAAGACGAGAACACGAAAGCAAGUCAGCUCGCACAUACAAGUUCUGGCCAGACGGAAAUUGCGUGAGAUUCAGGCGAAAAUCAAAGUCGAACCCAACGGCAUCGGCGGCAUUAACGGCCACGCCCACUCGCUGCACUUGCUCAGCGAAAAGGAGAAAGCACUGCAGGCUAUGAGCGGCAUGACCAGCUCACAAAUCGUAUCGGCGCAAGCGGCGAAAAAUCUCGCAUAUGCCGCUUCGGCGGCAGCCUUCACGGCGGCUGGCUUGCAUCAGUCAACGCAUGGCGCGGUUGGGCCACCCGCUGCACCACCGCCACUAUCACCAGCAACACUACCCACAUCCACUUCAGCAACCUCCACCUCGGCAACGGUAGCAGCUGCGGCUGCGGCGGCGGCUGCCGCUCAACUAGUCGGACCGCAUGCGUACACCCACCUACAUGCGCCGCACACACACUCACAUCACCUCCAUCAGCAUCACCACCUCAACCAUCUUAGCCAACACCACAGCCAUCAGCCCCUACACCACCACCACCACCAUCAUCACCACAGUACUGGCGCACAUCCGCAACCACACACGCCCACGCAUCCGCACUUGCCGCAAGGCAGCUCGGCGGGCUCGCUAUAUUUGCAGCAACAACAUGCAGCGGUGGUGGCGGCAGCCGCAGCGGCACAGGUGCAACAGAGCACGUCUUCAGCAGCGGCGACGACGGCAACAACAGCGGCGGCAACGACGUCCGGUGUGCCACAUGCCGCCCAUGCACUCCAUCAUCCACCAAUGUAUCCGGGCCAAUUCUGGCAGCCCGGUUUGCAGCCCAGCACCUCACAAGAUUUUUACGAUUACAGCAUUAAGCCAUUCGCACAACCCCCAUAUCCCGCCGGCAAACCAUCGACAGCAGUGUCUGGUGACAUCGAAGCAGGUCUUCCGCCAGCCCAACUGCCGUGGGAGGGCAGAGCGAUUGCGACGCACAAAUUCCGCUUGCUCGAAUUCUCGGCAUUCAUGGAGAUACAAAGAGAGGAAAUCUAUCACCGGCAUUUGUUCGUGCAACUCGGCGGCAAACCGUCCUUCUCCGAUCCGCUACUUGAGACUGUUGACAUCCGACAAAUCUCCGAUAAAUUCCCUGAGAAAUCAGGUGGUCUCAAAGAUCUCUAUGAAAAAGGUCCACAAAACGCUUUCUACUUGGUGAAAUGUUGGGCAGACUUGAAUACCGGCAGAGAGACAGGUGAUUUUUAUGGCGUUACGAGUCAAUAUGAGAGUAACGAAAAUGUAGUGCUCGUCUGUUCGACAAAGGUCUGCUCCUUCGGCAAGCAGGUGGUUGAGAAAGUGGAAACGGAAUACUCACGCUUGGAGAAUGGUCGUUUCGUAUAUCGCAUACAUCGAUCGCCGAUGUGCGAAUAUAUGAUCAACUUCAUACAGAAAUUGAAGGACCUACCCGAACGAUAUAUGAUGAACAGUGUGCUGGAGAACUUUACAAUACUGCAGGUGAUGCAAGCGCGAGACACACAAGAGACCCUGCUCUGCAUAGCGUACGUGUUUGAGGUGGCGGAACAGAACAGCGGCGCCACACAUCACAUCUAUCGAUUGAUAAAGGAAUAGCAUGAACUGCAACUGCCCAAUCUAAC